GUGCGCAUCACUUGGAUUUGCGGCCUUCGACCCCUGAAGACCCUCAAUGGUUGGUGGAGCAGAGAGAAGCCGAGAUUCGGGUGAUCCAAGAUGGAGAGGACCGCAGUUUCGCAGGGUAUUAGCCAAAGUUACCUCCUUUGCCCUUCACUCUUCCGCUCUCUCUCCACUUCUCGGAGUCUCCGGUCAUCUCUUCAUCACCCUUCUCUCUCUCUAAAGGUACGGUAUUCCCUUUCUUCCGCUUCUUCUAAUGCCAUGCAUGGCAUUCGAUGCCACCCCGUUUUGUACAACUCCACCAGCACCAAGAUGGCUGAAUUACCGGAAAUAGAAUGGGACAACAUCGGUUUCGGCCUUAAACCAACAGAUUACAUGUUCGUGAUGAAAUGUGGCCCCGACGGGAUCUUCUCUAAGGGUGAGUUGCAGCGUUUUGGGAACAUUGAGCUUAGCCCAUCUGCAUGUGUUCUCAAUUAUGGACAGGGAUUGUUUGAAGGGCUAAAAGCCUACAGAACACAGGACGGGAACAUUCUCCUCUUCCGUCCGGAGGAGAAUGCUAACCGCAUGAUAAUGGGUGCUGAGAGGAUGUGUAUGCCUUCCCCAAUGGUUGAACAGUUUGUCGAAGCUGUGAAGAUGACCGUACUUGCAAACAAACGCUGGGUUCCUCCUCCAGGUAAAGGUUCCUUGUAUAUCCGGCCAUUGCUAAUGGGAAGUGGAGCUGUUCUUAGUCUUGCCCCUGCUCCAGAAUUCACUUUCCUUGUUUAUGUUUCGCCGGUGGGGAAUUAUUUCAAGGAAGGCGUGGCACCGAUCAACUUGAUUGUGGAACAUGAAUCUCACCGUGCCACUCCUGGUGGUACCGGGGGUGUCAAAACCAUCGGCAAUUAUGCUGCUGUUCUAAAGGCACAUUCAAAUGCAAAGGCCAAAGGAUAUUCUGAUGUUUUAUAUCUCGAUUGCGUUCACAAAAGAUAUAUUGAGGAGGUUUGCUCUUGCAAUAUUUUCAUAGUGAAGGAUAAUGCGAUCUGUACUCCUGAGAUCAAAGGGACCAUCCUUCCUGGAAUCACUCGUAAAAGCAUUAUCGAUCUGGCUCGGAGCCUAGGGCUUACGGUGGAGGAACGACGAGUCACAGUGGAUGAAUUGCUAGAUGCUGAUGAGGUUUUCUGCACUGGAACGGCCGUCGUGGUCUCUCCUGUCGGAAGCAUUACGUACAAGGACAAGAGAGUGUCAUAUGGAGAAGGUGGCUUCGGAACAAUCUCGAAACAGCUCUACGACGUUCUCACAAGCUUACAAAUGGGUCUGAGCGAGGACAGCAUGAACUGGACUGUCCAACUUGUUUAAAAGGGGACGCAGGCUCUACCCUUUUUACUGUGUGUGAAAAUCCCCAUUUAGACCUAAAAAAAUAAUAAAUUGUUUACAUUAGCUUUUGAUGAAUCGAAAUAUAUAUGCAUAGUUACAGUUUUAUGGAGAAAGAUAUUAGAGUGGUGGUGGUUUUUGUUU